GCCGCCGCCGCCGGGAUGUGACCUUCAGAGCCGCCUGCACGGGAUGACCGGAGCCACCGCCCCGCGGCGCCCGCGGCUCGCCACGGCCUCCCGGGUGCUCUGAGCGCGCGCGCUCCCGGCCCGGUCCUCGUCACCCCCGGCCCUCGCCCCGCGCUCGCCCCGGCCCGGCCCCGCCAUGCCGCCGCCGCCCGGGCCCGCCGCCGCCCUGGGCACCGCGCUCCUGCUGCUCUUGCUGGCCUCCGAGUCCGCGCACACCGUGAUGCUGCGGGCGCGCGAGGCGGCGCAGUUCCUGCGGCCCCGGCAGCGACGCGCCUACCAGGUCUUCGAGGAGGCCAAACAGGGCCACCUGGAGCGGGAGUGCAUUGAGGAGCUGUGCAGCCAGGAGGAGGCCCGGGAGGUGUUCGAGAACGACCCCGAGACGGACUAUUUUUAUCCAAGAUACUUAGACUGCAUUAGUAAAUAUGGAUCUCCGUACACGAAGAGCCCAGGUUUUGUUACAUGCGUUCAAAACCUGCCUGACCAGUGUUCCCCGAACCCCUGUGACAAGGAGGGGACCCAAGUGUGCCAGGACCUCAUGGGCAACUUCUACUGCCAGUGCAGGGCCGGCUGGGGUGGGCGGCUCUGUGACAGAGAUGUGAAUGAGUGCAGCCAGCAGAACGGGGGCUGCAACCAAAUAUGCUUCAACAAGCCGGGCAGCUUCCACUGCGCCUGCUACAGUGGCUACGCGCUCUCCCCCGACGGCAGGACCUGCAGAGAUGUGGAUGAGUGUGCAAAUGGAGGUGCCUGUGGGGAGGCACGCUGCAGGAACCUGCCAGGCUCCUAUUCCUGCCUCUGUGACGCGGGUUACGCUUUCAGCUCCCAGGAGAAGAUCUGCCAAGAUGUGGACGAGUGUGCGGACGGGCGCUGUGAGCAGGCCUGCGUCAACUCCCCGGGGGGUUACACCUGCCACUGUGACGGGCGUGGAGGCCUCAAGCUGUCCCCGGACAUGAACACCUGCGAGGAUAUUUUGCCCUGCGUGCCUUUCGAUGUGGCCAAAAGCAUAAAGUCCUUGUACCUGGGCCGCAUGUUCAGUGGGACGCCCGUGAUCAGACUGCGCUUCAAAAGGCUGCAGCCCACCAGGCUGGUCGCCGAAUUCGACUUCAGGACCUUUGACCCCGAAGGUGUCCUCUUCUUUGCCGGAGGCCAUCAAGACAGCGCCUGGAUCGUGCUGGGCCUGCGAGCCGGCCGGCUGGAGCUACAGCUCCGCUACCACGGCGUCGGCCGCGUCACCAGCAGUGGGCCUGUCAUCAACCACGGCAUGUGGCAGACGAUCUCCGUGGAGGAGCUGCACCGGAAUCUGGUCGUCAAGGUGAACAAGGACGCUGUCAUGAAGAUCGCGGUGGCCGGGGAUCUGUUUCAGCUGGACAGAGGGUUGUACCAUCUGAACCUUACCGUGGGAGGCAUUCCCUUCAAGGAGAAGGACCUGGUGCAGCCUAUAAACCCCCGUCUGGACGGCUGUAUGAGGAGCUGGAACUGGCUAAAUGGUGAAGACACCACCAUCCAAGAGACGGUGAAAGCAAACCCCAAGAUGCAGUGCUUCUCUGUGACGGAGAAAGGGUCCUUCUACCCCGGGAGCGGGUUUGCAUUCUACAGCCUGGAUUACACUCGGACAUCCGCGGACGUCAGCACAGAAGCAACCUGGCAGAUAGAGGUCGUGGCUCGGAUCCGCCCCGCCACCGACACGGGGGUGCUGCUGGCGCUGGUGGGCGGUGACCACGUGGUGGUCCUCUCUGUGGCCCUGGUUGACUACCACUCCACCAAGAAGCUCAAGAAGCAGCUGGUCAUCCUGGCCGUGGAGGGUGUCACCCUGGCCCUGAUGGAGAUCAAGGUCUGUGAUGGCCAGGAGCACCGAGUGGUCAUCUCCGUGCGGAAGAAUGAGGCCACCCUGGAGGUCGACGGCACCAAGGGCCAGAGUGAAGUGAGCGCCGCGGGGCUGCAGGAGCGCCUGGCCGUGCUCGCGAGGCACCUGCAGGGCUCUGUGCUCACCUUUGUGGGCGGCCUGCCAGAUGUGCCUGUGACCUCAGCGCCAGUCACGGCCUUCUUCCGCGGCUGUAUGACACUGGAGGUCAACCAGAAGGCGCUGGACCUGGACGAGGCCGCCUACAAGCACAGUGACAUCACGUCACACUCCUGCCCCCCGGUCGAGCAGGCCACCCCCUAG